UUCGCCUUCUCUUCUAAUCAGCUCCAUCUUCUUCCCUCUCAUUUUUUCGACUGCGCGUUUUGCAGAACAGCGCCUCCCUCCAAUCCGCCGCCAUUGUUUUUUUGGUUUUUGUAAGAUUAUUUUUUGUCAAAGGACACGAGAAUACUCCAUUGAAGCUCACUGGAAUCUCAAGUUCCAUAAUGUCGGAAUCAAGAGAUAGAUUGGAGAGGCAAGUAGAUCAUGCCGAGGUAUUUGCUCGUUGGAGAUCGGAAGGUAUAUUGGAUGAGAAAGAAAUGAGUACUAAUUUGUUAAGGACUCCGAUUUCUCGCGCCACAACGACGACUACAGAUCAACAAAGACCUACGAAUCUGAGACGCAGUUUUGGUUCUCCCAUUUCUGGUGGAAUUGGGCGAAAUAGAUUUCUCUACAGAUCUCCUGUGUUGAGCCGCGAGAAUGCGGUGGCUGGGAGCUCCCGGCGGAGUAGAUCUCGGGGGAGGAAUAGUGUGUUACCGAUUUGGUAUCCAAGAACUCCUCUCCGCGACAUAACUGCAGUUGUGAGGGCAAUUGAAAGAACAAGAGCUCGCAUGAAAGAAAACAAAGGCCCAGGAAGUGAUAUUAGUCCUGCUCCCUCGGACGAAAGAGUUUUAGAGGCAAGCAUUUUUCUGGUCACCCCAAAGGCAACCAUAGGCAAAGUGCCAAAGAUUCUUCGUGGAAUCACAAAUCAAAACGUGGGAGGGGCAGAGACUCUGACUCCCCAGAAUAAGCUUUUGAACUCCAUAGACAAGGUGGAGAAAGUAGUAAUGGAGGAGCUGCAGAAAUUGAAAAGGACAAGCAGUGCGAAGAAAGCAGAGAGGGAGAAAAGAGUUCGCACUUUAAUGUCAUUUCGUUGAUUCAGUUCAACAAAGACACGCCCAGAAUUAGACAACGCCCACAUCAAAGUCCAAACUCCUUCCCCCUCUUUGCCCUCUUGGCAAUGGCAAUCAUCAGACUCACUCAGAAUUUGGAUCAACCAUCUGCUGAUGAUUGCUUUGGUCAAGAACGCUCGUUGAUCAGAGGGAAGGAGAAAGAGAUCAUCAGACUCACUCAGAAUUUGAAUCCUUUUCAUUUGCAAGAACCAUCUUUGCUUUUAGAUGUUUAAUAAGCAUUUACUAUAUAUAUAUAUAUAUAUAUAUAUA